GUGUUUAUCUCCCCCUCUAUUGUUCAUAUUCGUCUAAAAUGAGAAAAAUGACCAUCAAUGUGCUAGUUAUGGGCCAGAAGCCCAAAUUUAUUUGGGUUACAUAGAAGGAACUGAGCCGAAAGUCUCCUUGAGGUUGGUAGAGUCAAGGCAACCUUCGUCUCCUACUCUCUCUCUCUCUCUCUCUGCGUCUCUCUCUACAGUUUCUGUUGAUUGCAUCAAUGGAUCGAGCACAGCUUGUUCUGCUAGGGCUUCCACUCUUCCUCUUCUGCACCGACCUCCUAAACUUCUUCACUCCGCCCCCUCCUCCGCCCCACAAGCCUCCCCACCACCACCAUCCCCACCUCCAACACCAACACCAACACCAACCUCCUCCAGUCGCCAAAGAAACCCUAGAGUUUCCCUCACAGAAACCAAGCGCUUUCGGUGCCAUCGGCGUCGGCAGCACGGUCAAGAUUAGCUUCUGCACUUCUUGCUCUUACAAAAUUUCUUCAAGCAUGUCUUCCUCAAGUCAUAAAAACGAUGAUGGUGUGCCGCCAUUGAAGGAGUUGGGUAGCUAUGGUCUCGCCAUAGGCUCUUUGAUCAUUCGAGCAAGGGAGAUCAUGACUGGCCAGGGAGACUUUGGAGAUAAGUGGAGAAUGAGAGUCUGAUUCUUCCCCCAAGCUACGUGUUCCAACGAUCUUCAUAUCCGUUAAAUUUGGAGUUUAGCUCAACUCUUAAGACUUCUCCAGACAUGAAGAAAGUGCAUGUCGCACUGGGUAUCCCUUCGAGUACCGUGAGUGGCGUUGACUGCUUAAUCCUUUUCGUAGGGAGAAAUGUGGGCUGCUUUCAAGGGAGGAGAUAAAGCGGAUCGAGGCAAAAGCAUUAGCUUGUUUGAUCGCCAUCGUAGAGCCUGCUGUAAGUGAAGGUGGGAAAAAGAGACCUUCCACGCCUGCUCAAGAGAUGUUAGCUGAUAAAAAGCCAAAGACUUUUUCCACUACUUGCGAGGGUUCGCCGGCUGCCCCUAAGCUUAUGAUUGACUUGACUUCUCCCAAGGGUGAGAAUGAUAAGGCUGCUAGAUCCAUGCUGAUGACGUCUGUCAUUCCAAAGGUGGCUAGUUCGAUUGCUGAUAGGAUUGCUCAGCGUAGAAGUUCCUCCGAUUCAAGUAAAGUAUGAAAGUGCAGAAAAGGAGAACGGGUGUUACAUACCUCAGAUUCAAGACCUUGAGCAUGCCGUCUCCAGCUCAGCUACUUACGCAAAGGAUGAAGAAUUGAUCGUUGCUUACAACCAAGUGAUCCACUUCAAGAAGGUUGUUGAUAGGCUUGAGCCUCAAGUGUUGGAACUCCAAAGUGCUUUGAAAAUCAACGACAAUCUGAAGAAAGAAAUGGAGGAGCUGCAGCGAGUCCGUGGUUGUCUGCUUAAGGAGAAUGAGCAGUUGAAGGGUGAGAAGUUUGAGUUCGAGGCUUCGCUUACUCAGAGUCAAGUUGAUUUCUACAAGUUGGGUUAUGUGGACCAUCUCUUUGGGCAGCCGUCUGACUUUGAGCUUUUUGGUAAAGACUUCGAGACAUUCUAUAUUUCUCUGGAAGACUUGCUCGCCUUUACUUUUGAGUCUUCUAUUGGUGAAGUAGUCGAAGAAGUUGGUGCCCAGGUUGGGGCAGCUGAGGGUAAAGCGGCGGAUGGUGCCACUGUUUAGAGCGUUACGACUGCUGAAGGUAUGGCGACUGAGUUGUCGUGGGAUGUCCAAGCUGCUGAAGAGUAGUCUUCUAGGUAGCCUUUGAGAUUUUCUUUGUUUUCCUUGUUGUUUUUGCUUUGCUUGAACUC